AUGGCGCCUCUGAAGAGAUCAGCGUCUGAAUCGACCUAUUCUGAUACUUCAUUGCCUAGCCAAGGUGGUCCUCUUUUGAAAAAGACACUUGUUGAAGAUAUAACCGCUGGAACCCAGGUUCCUCGGUCUACGGGUCCAGGUUCCGAACGCGACAACGGGGCCACCAAAGGUGAAAGUGAUGACGAAGAUGAAGGCGGAACUGAAAACGAGGCAAGUGAUGACGAGGAGCAGGAGAAGAGGAACACUGGCGGACCCGCUAUCAGUGCGCAGGAUGUCCAGGUUGCGCGCGCCACAGCAGAACUUUUCAAGUCCAAUAUCUUCAAAUUGCAGAUCGACGAACUUUUGCAGCAAAUCAAGAUCAAGGAUUCCCACAUAUUGCGAGUCGAAAAGUUCCUGCAUAAACUUUACGACACGAUUCAAAAGGUGCCCGAAUGGGAGCCGACUGCGCUGGACGAUGUCGAGUCCUAUUUCAAGGGCAAGAUUGUCGCCGUGCCGUUUGCAGACCCCAAGCCAGCACCUACUGUGCAGUACAAGUUCGGCUACAAAGUCCCAGAUGUGUCGUUGAUCGGCUCAUUUGCUCUUAAGUGUGCUACCUACGACCCCAAGGGCACCUCGAUAGACGUUCUACUCACUAUGCCCUCUGAGCUAUUCGACAAAAAGGACUUUUUGAAUUUCAGGUGUAUUCAUAAAAGAAGCGUGUAUUUGGCUUAUUUCACUCAUCAAUUGACAUUGCUCUUUGAUGAAGAACAUCUCUCAGAUUUUCUCCAGAUCUCUUACCAUUACUUUAACGAUGAUCCAUUGUGCCCAGUGCUGCGAAUUCAAUGCAAGCCAGGUGGUUCUUCUGAAUAUAACUUUUACAAAGCCAAUUUCUCCAUUAAUAUAAUCGUUGGGUUCCCUCACGGCUUCUUCGACGUUAAGAAGCUUCUCCCGAACAAGAACUGUAUCCGUGUGCAGGAGGACAAAGAUACUAUGACACCACUUUACAAUUUCUCCGUUCUUUCGUCUUCUACUCAUGAACAUUAUUUGAAGUUCCUUUACAAGACUAAGAAGCAGACGGAGGCCUUUAAGGACGCAUGCAUGCUCGGGAGGUUGUGGCUCACGCAAAGAGGAUUUUCAUCCAAAUCCUCUCAUUCGGGCGGGCUAGGAGGGUUUGGUUCUUUUGAAUUUGCCGUAUUAAUGAGCGCGCUUCUGUGCGGUGGUGGUGUUAAUGGUAAUAAAAUUUUGUUGCAUGGCUUUUCGUCGUACCAGCUAUUUAAGGGCAUAAUGAAGUACUUGGCAACCAUGGACUUAUGCUCAGAUGGCCACCUACAAUUUUACUCCGAUCUUAAUCCUUCUUCUAAUUUGCCAACCUCCAGAUACCUUGCAGAAGGCUUUCAAACUCCAACCAUUUUCGAUAAAACUACCAAAGUUAAUAUUCUUACCAAGAUGUCGGUAACCUCUUAUCGCACCUUACAGCUCUAUGCGCGUGAAACCUUUGCCCUCUUGAGUGACCUGACUAAAGAUCAGUUUUCAAGCAUAUUUUUGAUAAACUUGGAUAAAUAUCAAGAGGUGAAGUACGAUAUGACUUUUGAUUUGGAGUUGCCCACUCAAUCUGUUAUUGUAGAAAAGUUUGGACCAACGGAGAAGAUAAAAUUUGUCAGUCUCGAAAAUUUUGUGGUUAACAAAAUUACUAAUGUGGCAACUAUUGCCUUAGGCGAGAGAAUUAAGUCAUUGCAAGUUAACAUUUCCAACCAUCAGAACUCUUUCUCGGUCACGAAAAGGAGGCCGAACAAUACGUCAGACGUUUCCAAUAUCCGUAUCCAUGUCCUGAUAAACCCAAAUGAAAGCGAAAAACUUGUCACCAAGGGGCCGCUAAACAAUGACGAAAAUAACUCUGAAGCCAUUUCUUUUCGAACUUUCUGGGGCAAAAAGUCAUCAUUACGUCGCUUUAAAGACGGAUCCAUCACUAACUCUUGUGUCUGGACGACCUCGGCUUCAGAGCCAGUUGUUUCUCAGAUCUUAAGUUACAUCUUCAAAUUGCAUCUGGCAGAGAAUGCCAAGCUCUCAAACCAAACAUCUAAGCAGUUUCAAGAUUUAUUGCCAUUGCCGAAUCUCCCAGCAAGCUCCAGUAUGUCCAUUUUGAACUUAGGUAGUUUCUUCAAUGUCCGCAAGUCGUUUGAUAUACUCUCUGGACAUUUGUUCAAGUUAGACUUACCACUGUCAAUAAAGUCAGUUCUACCAAUUGGUCCAGCAUUCAGGUACACGACUACAUGUCAGCCUGUCCCUUUUGCGUACUCAAAUCCUGAUUUCUUACAGGAUGUCAUUUUAGAAUUUGAAUCUUCACCCAAAUGGCCUGAUGAAAUAACAUCACUCGAGAAGGCUAAAACUGCAUUUUUACUUAAGGUUCAAGAAAGGUUGGAAUCAACGAAUAGCGAAUACAAAACUUUUUUCGCUCGAGAUGAAUCCAUCCCAUACAAUCUGGAGGUGGUUACCCUCAAUAUUCUGACACCAGACGGUUACGGUUUCAAGAUUAGAGUGCUUACUGAGCGGGAUGAAGUGCUGUAUCUAAGAGCUAUCAGUAAUGCUCGUCAUGAGGUGAAACCAGAGUUGGAAAAAGUGUUCCUCAAAUUCACAGCAAAAUAUCUGGCUUCUGCUAGGCACACUAGAACUUUUGAAAAUUUAGCCCAUAGUUUUCCGCUAUUUCCCCCAGUUGUAAGGUUAUUCAAGAAAUGGCUGGACAGCCAUUUAUUGCUCUCCCAUAUGUCGGAGGAGUUAGUCGAGCUCAUCGCUAUCAAACCAUUUGUUGAAAGUGCUCCCUACUUCGUUCCCGGUUCGCUGGAGAAUGGCUUUUUGAAGAUUAUCAAAUAUUUGAGUCAAUGGAAUUGGAAGGAGGAUCCAUUAAUUUUAGACCUUGUCAGACCUGAAGAAUUAGACCUCGGUACGGAAAUUGGGUCCGCAAAUGGCAUUGAUCUAGAAGCUAAAGUUGGUGACGGAGUACGGGACAAUCUCAGUGUAAGCCAAAUGAAAGCCAUUCAGAGCAAUUUUACCACCUUGAGGAAAGUUGAUCCUCAGGGAUUAAACAUUCAGUUCUUUGUCGCGUCCAGAAACGAUCCAAGCGGGAUUUUGUAUUCUAGUGGCAUCCCGUUGCCUAUUGCCACCCGUCUGACAGCAUUGGCCAAGGUGGCUUAUAAUCUAAUUCAAAAUCAUGGUUUGAAUAAACAGACAGUGGACCUUCUCUUCACCCCAGCAUUCAAGGACUACGAUUUUGUAGUGAAAGUCGAGAUGCCAACCUCGUUGAAGCUUUCCUCGGGGGUGUUGGAGGCCGGCGGUUUCAAGAAUUUAGAGCAACAACAGACAGCUUUUCCGAAAAACCUGUCGCAAAUGAGCGAAAAAAUGGAUCCCUCCUUUCAGUUGGUGAAAUACUUGAACAUGAAGUACAAAAAUAGCAUAGUGUUCUCUAGUCAUCGCUAUCCAGGAGUCAAUGGAGGUGAAAAAGGUGACCAAAAUGUUAUUACCGGAUUGAUCAGACCUACUUUCAAGUCACCACUGAAGUUUAGAGCCAAUAUGGAUGCCAAUGUUUUACCCGUAAGUGGAGAGCAGGUCAUCUUGAACAAAGAGGCUAUCUUUAAUGAAAUCGCGGCUUUUGGCAACGAGCUAAUUACUGGCUUUGAAUUUAACUAA